AUGAAGAGAUUUGCAUGUGAUGAAUGUGGCAAAAGGUUUUCUCAAUUGAGUCACCUCAACAGCCACAGGUUUGUACACACGGAGCAGAAGAUCUAUGGUUGCGAGGAAUGUGGUAAAAGGUUUAGACAAGAAAGCCACUUGAAUAGCCACAUGUUUGUGCACAGUCAGAAGAAGAGAUUUGAAUGUAUGGAAUGUGGAAAGAGAUUUACACAGGAAAGCCACCUUAAUAGCCACCGAUUUGUUCACAGUGAGAGAAAAGGAAUGGAUUACACUGAAUACACAAAGCAGUAUCCAUUGCCACAGAAGGCAGUCACCAACAAUCAUGCUGCUGCUGCUGCAGCUGCUGCAGUUGUAGAUAAGAAGACUCAUGAAUAUUUAGAGACCAUGAAGAACUUCCCUCAACAAGCAUAUCAGCCAACAUAUGCAUAUGCACAGUGGGAGCAAAUACAGUACCUCCUGAAAACUGUAGAAUGA